UUAUUUUAGCAAACAACAAUAUUAUURCACUAUAACGACAUCGCUGUCCACCGCGGCGGCCCACGUGCCGACGACUUCGACCACCUCUUUUGCGUGUCCGUCCGUGCCGAGUCAGUGUUCGAACUGCACUCGACGGUGCAAGUUGUACACGCGAUAAUAAUAUACGAUUUACCUACUGCAGUAGUCGUGAUUCACGCACACGUGUUGCCGGCGGCGGGUAACGAUAACAGUACGAUCACUGUCGUCAUCGUSGUCGCGUUCCGCGGACUUCGAACAUCUCGAUAUAGGCACUCAAGCCUACCGCCGCCGCACUGCGAGGAACCACCGACCAGCUAUAUUAUAAUAAUAUUACAGUUUAACAGAUUUUCUACCUGCGAAUGUAAUAAUUAUAUAAUAUGAUCAAGGAUUAAUUGUGAUUAGUGAAAAAAUAAUUAACUCGAGUUAAUAUAGCAAAAUCAUCGUUAACUGUUCACAAGCAAUAAGUUUAGCUCGCCUGAGUACGAAACUCGGCGACUACUCCAUCCAAGAUAAUUCAAACAGCUUUCAUUGCACAAGCACUUGCGCAAAACGGUGGUGAGGACGACGAAAGACACUAUCACUGCUGUAGACAAAGUAGAUCGCCGUGAUCAUGGCAUCGUCACCUUUGCGGGCACCGGUGGCGACUGGUCAACAGCAAUCGAGAUUGAUAGACAUGCAAAAAAAGUUCCAGCAGAAGCAUUUGGCAACUGUGGCAGCUGUCAAAGGCACAGUCGCUGGGUCUACGGCGUCUUCAAAUACCUCAUCGACCAAGACCACCGGAAGCGGUGAUAUUCCGGUGCCACCUGUUCGGCGGAUCAUCGGUACCAUCACCCCCGAACAAAAACAGCCACAGCAGCGCAGGCCAGUAGGAUCCGGAAGUGGUGGCGAUUCUAUCGUACAAGUCGACGUAAAGGGAAAGGUACGGCAGCUGUUUGCCGAGCGGAGCCAACAGCAGCAGGGGCCUGGCUACCAGCACCACCAGCAACAGCGACGGCAGCGGCGGCGGAGCCUCACGGGCCGCGACCGGUCACGGCCCCUGAGACCGCUGUCCGAUGUGAACGACGAUCCGCUGUGCAAGACGGUCUGCUUUACCGCUGGAGGUGGCGCCGACUUGGUGGGCAUCAGCGCCGCGGAYGGUGGUGACGUGCGCAGCGAACUUCUCGCGCUGUUCGGGCGGUUGCCCAACCUGGGUGGACAGCUGCUAUCAGAAUCGUUCCGCAAAGGAGCCGGCAAAAUGAAGACUGCCCAGUCGGCGCCCGAGCUCAAGUGGUUACUGGACGGCGCCACCGGACCAGGCAGGGCGGUCGGGGCACACCGGUCGCAACAGCCACCCGCGUCCGAACCGGAUAAAGGCGGAGGUGUUCCCAAACGGCCGGCGGCAGGUGCAGGUGACGCCGGUGAUCACAGUGACGGUGAUGGUAAUGGUGACGACGACGACGGUGACUACGAUCAACGGCAACAGUUGCAGCGACCAGCGGCGCGAAUAAACAGCAAAACCGCGACGGUCGUGAAAAAACCACUGGCCACAGUCAACGGUAACGUAGGCGGCGGUKCUGGUGGCGGCGGUGGUGGCGGUGGCGGUGCUGGUGUGGGCCGCGUUCCUAAAAAGCCGAUGGCCACGUUCAAUGACUCAAACAGGUUAUUAUUGCCACCAGUCGUGCAGCCUACGGUGAUCAAUGCGUUGGCGGCUGGCGCUGGUGCGGCCGCGGCGGUGGCCAGCGUGAACGCAUCUACGGUGGCUGGUAUCCAGAAACCUUUGGUCAGGGCGACAAAGCUACAACCAAAGCCUACCGAAGCGAGGCGCGUCUCACCACUGCCAGCCAAGGCCGCUACCCGGGCACCGGUCGUUAAAAGCACCACGCCGACCACGGGAUCACCACGACCACAAUCUCUGAAACAGCAACUGUCCGCGGACAGGGGCCCACCAGCCAAGGGCAUGGCACGCUGCCCACUGUGCGCCAGGGACUUUGCGGCCGACCGGCUGCCCAAGCACGAACAGGUGUGCCGGCGCACGCGUGAACGAGACCGCAAACGUAAGGUGUUCGACACAAGCAAAAAGCGGCUGGAAGCUGUGGCCGCCGAGGCCGGAGUGGAUGUUACGUCGUUCAAGAAAAAGAGCCAAAAGGAGGACCAGCGGGUCGCUGAGAAGCUACAGAAGAAAAAGGACGCUUGGCGUAGGAAGCAUGACCAGCUGUUACGCAACGUGCGGGCGGCUAGGGCUGUGCAGCGGCACCUGGCUGCGGGUGGCACGGUGAAGGACUUGCCACCGGAGCUAGACAACGUGACGGCGGACCAGGAUGACGAWGUCGACUCGGACUUGGUCAAGUGCCCGCAUUGUGGCCGGACGUUCAAUGAGGCAUCCGCGGAGAGGCAUAUUCCUCUGUGCGCGGAUCGACAGCGGAACGCGGCCGCCCGAAUGCAGAACAACAAGAAACGGUGAAUCUCGCCGUUUCACAAUCACCGCCACUUCAACACCAACACAUCUACUUAACGACAAUAUUAUUGACAAGAGAGGCAUUGAUGAACUCUUUCAGUACCUAUAUUGCCUUUGYCACCGUGAUCAUUCCGUCCAGCUUGAAUCUACCCAUAGUCUAUAGACUCAAUAGUAUUGAGUAAAUAUAUUAUCACGUUUCAUGUUUUAAGAUUAUACAGCAUACAAGUUGUCUAGAAUUCGAAUUAUUAUAUUAUACAUUAUACAUACAAACAGUACAAAAUGUUUCAACUUUUUUUCAGUUAGCUGUGCAAUGACUAUGAGUUAAAAUAAUAUACCGAGUCUAAGUGUACCGCAAACUGUGAGAUUUUAAUAACAUUAAAAUGCAUGAUAUAAACUCAUUGGAAAAUUGUCUUCGUGAUAGACCCUGUACAUUGUAUUGUAUUACCUACCAUAGUAGUAUUUAAUAAUUAUGUAUAAUAUGUAUUA